GUUCGCCGCGGCUCUGCUGCCGCGCCGAUGUCCCGCAGGGAGCGGAGGGGGCCGGAGGAGGAGGCGGGGGCGGAGGAGGAGGAGGAAGCGGCGAGGGGCAGCCAGGCGCGGCCCAAGAGCCACCCGGAGCCCGCGGCGAGCGGCGGCAGAACGCAGGACCGGCAUGAGAGGAAACGGAAGAGACAGGAGGCGCAGCAGCUCCAGAAGCUCCAGCACUUGGAGUCCUUCUAUGAAAAACCUCCCCCAGGGCUAAUUAAGGAGAAUGAAACAAAACCGGAAGACUGCAUACCUGAUGUACCAGGCAAUGAAAGCGCACGAGAAUUCCUGGCACAUGCCCCUACAAAAGGGCUUUGGAUGCCUUUGGGAAAAGAAGUCAAAGUCAUGCAGUGUUGGAGGUGUAAACGUUACGGACACAGAACGGGAGAUAAAGAAUGCCCGUUCUUUAUUAAAGGCAAUCAGAAAUUGGAACAAUUUAGAGUAGCACAUGAAGAUCCAAUGUACGAUAUAAUAAGAGAAAACAAACGUCAUGAAAAAGAAAUGAGGAUACAGCAACUGAAGCAGCUACUGGAAGACUCUACCUCAGAUGAUGAUGAUAACAGCGAUGACAGUGAUGAGGGCGGUGAAGACAGCAGCAGCUCCACUUCCUCAGAAUGUAGAGAUAAGCAUAAGAAAAAAAAGAGAAAGAAAGAAAAGAAAAAAAAAGAAAAGAAGAAAAAGAAAAAGAGAAAGCGUAAAUCAUCUAAAUCUAAUGAGAAGUCAGAAUCUGACUGACAGCAAUCACCUGCUGCAUGCUUAUUGACCUCUGCUUGGGAACUGCAAGGAAAGAUCCAAAGAAUGAGAAAGAAACCACCAGAAAGGGCUCUGUUAAACUCAGAACAUACAGGUGGAUACAUACAGCAUCCUACACUGUAUCUUCUGCCCCUCUGCAGUGCUGCAGCCAGAAGAGAGCUGCAUUAAACAAUGCUCAGUCAACCAUAUCUUUGUACUGUAAAACCUGUGCUAAUAGUCAUCUGCCUUGGUCAAAUUGGGUCUCUGCGUUGCCACACAUGACUAGCAGCAGAAAGCAGUGACUACCAAGGUAACACCAACAAAUCUGCAGAACUCAGCAGACUGUCUAUUGAAGUGUCUUCUCUCCAUGAAGUUAUUUUAUUACAUACAAUGCCUCGCCGUAAUGGGACUGCAGUUUGCACUGUGUGGAGCACCAACAGUUUGCUUACAGUCCCUAUAAGCAGGUUGUACUGUGGUUUUUUUGUUGUUUUUUUUUUUUUUCUCUGCAAACUGCCUAUGUGCUGAAGUUCAUUGUACUUCUCCUAGUACUGGCAGCUAGGGAAAUCAAGAUCAUCGAUGGAGGGGGAAAAAAGUUAAUCGAGGGGAUUUAUUUUAAGACAAAACUGCAGUGUCAGCAAGACUUUUUUUGUGUGUAGCAAAAUCAACAUCAUUUCCAUUAAUACGCACAUUUCUGCAAUACCUAAAGUGUUCUCCAAACUGUAGGAGUGGGAGCCAAAUGUAAUGAUGUUAAAUGUUCAACUUUCUUGUAAAGAGGUAGUGGUUUUAGUUAUUUAAAAAGGAGGUUUUCAUGUCAGAAAUUAAAGAUUAAUUUCUACCUACA